AUGGAUCCGUUCAGCGCUUGCCUGGCGGCAGGCCGCAUUCCAGCUGUGGCAUUUUCGCGCCGAUGUGUUGCAACAUGUUCCAACGAAGCUGCUGUGUUCAGACGUUUAAGCAAUGGUCAGGAGUCGCUCUGGGCAGCAGCGGUGCUGCCCCAGCAGGUGGUGCAGGUGCCUUUGCGGCUGCUGCAGCUGCCUGGCCUAAGAUGGCCCGUGAAUGUCUCUGGCGGCUUCUUGACCCUAGCAGCAGAGCUUCGUAAAGUUUGCAGCAGUUUGAAUGCAGAGGUCCUGCAGUUGACCUUUCCGGCCAUUGCGAUCGUCACAAAGCUCGCGAUCACAGCAUGGCAGGAGCGGUCAGUGUCCAAGAGUGUAGGCAGCCAGCGCUGCCAGGGCCAGAACAAUGCAAAUCAAGAGUUCGUACGCGCGAAGACAAACUUGUCAGACAACCCCCGUGGCCGCUCGGUUGAUGCCUUCGAGAGCCGGCGUGUUGAGCUGUCUCGCCGGGGUGAAGGCGCAGAGGACGACGACGUCGUCCGCAGCUUUGUCCGUGAAGCCUCACCGGGCGGGCUGCUCUUUGAGUACCUCUCCCUGGCCCACCUGGCUGUAUGCCUCGGACCCGUUCUGUUCGUUCAUGGUGGCCUGCCCCGAUCGGACACCACCUGGAGACCGGGUUGGCUUCCUCCACGGGGGGAGGUUGUGCCAGAGCUCCAUUCCUGGCUCCAGGGCCUCGAGGCCUUCAAAAACCAGGCCUUGGACGAGGUCCGGAACCCGCCGGCCGCACUGCCCAAAGAGGCCUGGUCGAUGGUUGGCGGCUACGACGCGGCUCAGCCAGCGUCGGCACUCCUUCAGUACAUGAUGCGCGACAUGCCGGAUGGCACGCGACAGCCCAGCAUCAUCUACAACGGCUUCUUAGGCGUGCUGAAGGGGACGACUACCAGCCCUUGUGCCUCGAUGACGCGAGCUGCCGCUGGCUGCGUGACGGGGGCGUCCGAUUCGUGGCGUCUGGGCAUCUGCCCAAUGGCGACUCCCCGCUGGUGCUCCACUGCGAGGACAUCACCAUUGUGA